AUGUUCCCGGUCUAUUUUGUAAACGAUGUUCGGCUUGCACAGGGAGACAAGGGCGCCAGCCCGCAGGCGAGCCGGUGGGGGGAAUCCGGCGCCACGCAACCCCCACGCCCCUGGCCGGACAUCAAACGCCAAUACGCCCCCAAAACCCUGCAACACGCCCAGACCCUGCGCCAAAACCAAACCAACGCCGAAGGUCUUCUGUGGCACUACCUCCGCAACAAACAACUGGGCGGCUACAAAUUUCGCCGCCAGCAACCCAUCGGCCCCUACAUCGCCGACUUCGCCUGCCUGCCGGAAAAGCUGCUCAUCGAACUGGACGGCGGCCAACACGCGGACCCGAGCGCCCCCGACGAACAGCGAGACCGGUUUUUGCGGCAACAGGGCUACCGGGUCCUGCGCUUCUGGAACCACGAGGUCUUCGCCGACUGUUUCGGCGUGCUGGAACGGGCGUACGAGGCCCUGACAGACCCCCCACCGCUUCAGCCCGCGCCUGACGGCUUGGCUUCCGCGACUCCCCCUCAAGGGGGGAGUGAUUGGAGCGUGGACCGCGCCCGCGUCUACCUCGGCAGCAUGGACCCGGAGAUUGCGGCGCUGUUUCCCGACCGUUUUGUCGAUUCGGAGUUGGGGGAGAUACCGGCGGGAUGGGAGAUUUCGAAGAUUGGUGAUGAAGUCAACGCUAUGGGGGGUGCGACUCCUAGUACCAAGGAACCCGCCUUCUGGGACGAAGGCAAGCAGUAUUGGGCCACCCCGAAGGACCUUGCGAAGUUACCGUCGCCAGUGUUGCUGGAAACGGAAAGGAAGAUCACCGACGCGGGCGUCAAGAAGGUCAGCUCCGGCCUCCUCCCGAUAGGCACGGUGCUCUUAUCCUCGCGUGCUCCGAUUGGCUACUUAGCUAUUGCCGAGGUGCCGACUGCCGUAAACCAAGGCUUCAUCGCCAUAGUUUGCAAGAAACGUCUACCGAACGUAUAUGUGCUUUUCUGGUGCUCCAAAAACCUUGAUAACAUCAGGGGCAUCUCUGGCGGCUCCACAUUCGCAGAGAUCAGCAAGAAGGCGUUCCGGCCCAUUCCCGUGACGGUGCCCUCGGAGCAAGUCCUCGCAACCUACGAGGACGUCGUUCGCCCGCUCUACGGUCGAAUCGUCGUGAACACGAAAGAAUUGGAGUCGCUGGUCCGGACUCGUGACCUGUUUCUUCCCAAACUCAUAUCUGGCUCAAUCCGUCUUCGUGAAUCAGAGAAGGCAACGGAGGCUGCGACGUGA